AUGACGGACUUACAUCAAGUAUCAAUGCAUGAUGAUAACAACCAUGCAGGUGAUUUACAUGAUCCAUCUUGUUCAUCUGUAAAUACAACUGAAAAUGGUCCACCACGAUUACCAUCUCAUAUAUUACAAAUAAUCGAACAUGAACUUAAUUCACCAAAUCCUCCUUCACAUGCCGAUAUUCAAGCUUUUCCAACAACAGCUUAUUUUAAUAAAACUGUAAUACCAAUUAUUAUUGAAGGUUUAGCAAUUGUAGCAAAAGAAAGACCAAAAAAACCUAUUGAAUUUUUAGCUGCUUUUUUUAUUAAAAAUCGAGAACGAUUUGGUGAAAGUAUUUGA